GCUACGUGAAGAGUAGGGUACCGUGACUGAGCUACCUGUUCUGGGCUGUACAGGGACAUUGCGGCCAGCAGAUAUCUUUGCGACCUGAAGGCAGAAACCAGACAAAGGCAGGCCGGGUGGUGGUGGUAGCCUCAAGAGCCCCGGGCCCGGUUGCAGCCUUGGGUGCAGGUGCAAUGAAAGCCUCCUAUGCUUUCUGUGUUGUCCUCUUGGUGUUUGGGAGCGUCUCUGAAGCCAAGUUUGAUGAUUUCGAGGAUGAGGAAGACAUAGUAGAGUAUGAUGAUAAUGAUUUUGCUGAGUUUGAGGACGUCAUGGAAGAUUCUGUUACGGAAUCUCCUCAGCGAGUGAUCAGCACUGAAGAUGAUGAGGACGAGGCCACCGUGGAGUUGGAAGGGCAGGAUGAAAGCCAAGAAGGUGAUUUCGAAGAUGCAGAUACCCAGGAGGGAGAUACAGAAAGUGAGCCGUAUGAUGAUGAAGAAUUUGAGGGUUAUGAAGACAAGCCAGAUACCUCUGCUAACAAAAAUAAAGAUCCAAUAACAAUUGUUGAUGUUCCUGCACACCUCCAGAACAGUUGGGAGAGUUAUUACCUAGAAAUUUUGAUGGUGACUGGUCUUCUUGCCUAUAUAAUGAACUACAUCAUUGGGAAGAAUAAAAACAGCCGACUUGCUCAGGCCUGGUUUAACUCUCAUAGAGAGCUUUUGGAGAGCAAUUUUACCUUAGUGGGGGAUGACGGGACUAACAAAGAAGCCACAAGCACAGGAAAGUUGAAUCAGGAGAAUGAGCACAUCUAUAACCUGUGGUGUUCUGGCCGAGUGUGCUGUGAAGGCAUGCUUAUCCAGCUGCGGUUCCUUAAGAGACAAGACUUACUUAAUGUCCUGGCCCGGAUGAUGAGGCCAGUGAGUGAUCAAGUGCAAAUAAAAGUAACAAUGAAUGACGAGGACAUGGACACAUACGUGUUUGCUGUUGGCACUCGCAGAGCUUUGCUGCGACUGCAGAAGGAGAUGCAGGACCUGAGUGAGUUUUGCAGUGAUAAACCUAAGUCUGGAGCAAAGUAUGGGCUGCCAGACUCCUUGGCCAUUCUGUCGGAAAUGGGAGAAGUCACAGAGGGAAUGAUGGAUACAAAGAUGGUUCACUUUCUUACACACUAUGCUGAUAAAAUUGAAUCUGUUCAUUUUUCAGACCAGUUUUCUGGUCCGAAGAUUAUGCAAGAGGAAGGUCAACCCUUAAAGCUGCCUGACACCAAGAGGACACUACUGUUUACAUUUAAUGUGCCUGGCUCAGGUAACACAUACCCAAAGGAUAUGGAGGCUUUGCUACCCCUUAUGAACAUGGUGAUUUAUUCUAUCGAUAAAGCCAAAAAGUUCCGACUCAACAGAGAAGGUAAACAAAAAGCAGAUAAGAACCGGGCACGAGUGGAAGAGAACUUUCUGAAGUUGACACAUGUGCAGAGACAGGAGGCUGCACAGUCUCGGCGUGAGGAGAAGAAAAGAGCUGAGAAGGAGCGGAUCAUGAAUGAGGAGGACCCUGAGAAGCAGCGCAGGCUGGAAGAAGCUGCUUUGAGGAGGGAACAAAAGAAGUUGGAGAAGAAGCAAAUGAAAAUGAAACAAAUCAAAGUGAAAGCCAUGUAGAGUCAUUGCAUAGGUGUCCUCGCUGCUGUAAGCUCUGCGUCCACCAGAAACGGGAAAAGCACGAGUCCUCAUCUAACAGUCACGUAUUCCUGCUGACUGAGAGAUCUUUAUUUCACCCUCUCCUCUUGGUUUGGAGUUCUACAGAGGUUAUAGAUACAUUGAAAGGGCUCUUUCAGUUAUUUCCUUGCAGAUAAUCAAAUUAUUUUGAUUAUUUUAUAAAAGGAAUGGUAUAUAAAGUAUGUGUAGUUUUAAAAUAUGUUUAAAUUAUAAUGUGAAUCAUCAGUGCUUUACUUUGGUGUUUGAAGAACGAUCAUGAAAUUUCUAGGUAGGUUGUUGCUUUUUGUUUAAACUGGGCAAUUGAAAUAACUAUGGAGACUGACUCUAAACCAAGACCCUAAGAGUAUCUAUUGGAAUUGCACAAUAAACAUUGCUUGUUUUUUCUGUGUCCACAUUAAACUUGUAAAAAAAAGUAGAAUCUCGAACACUGUAUGUGAUGACGAAUUCAAAGACUUAGAACAUAGUACGGUGUAUGUUUUGUGUGUGGGUGGUGCUGAUGGCAGUAUUAUAGGAAGAAAUCUGUAGGUGUUAGGAUUCUAUAAGUCCAUGGAAGAUUCUAGAGGUAGGUAGUGCAGGAGCCGUUUCUCAUUGCCUGAUACGAUGAGCUAAUGACACUGUGAGUGUGGAUUUGAAGGAGUUAUGUGCUUAUUUUUUCUGAGCAAGAAAUGCACAAAAAAGUGAACUGCUUCACCUAGCUCCGAUCAGCAGCAGUCAGAUGGCUGGUCUCUGUGAGGUCACAAUGGUUGCCUUGCUUGCUGCAGCCUGUUAGGUGUUCAUGGAGGAGCUGAUCUCCGUCUUAUGAGUGCACUUUGCUUCUCUGCCUGCUUUUAUAUUGUCCACAGGCCAGUAUGUACUUUCUCGAAACAAAUAACCAUCGAUAUGCACAAAUAUGCUUUUAAAAAAGUAAACUUUUUUAAGUGAUUCAGAAUUUUGUCUGACUCGUGAGGCGGGAGCGAUGGUGGGGAGAGGCCCCUCUCUGUGCAUAAGCAUUUGGCUUGUUGAGAUCUCUGCAUUUUAUAAAUGCUUCCUACCGAGAAAGCAUUUCUUAAGUCUCUGCUUGUACCAGGUAGUUUUUUGCUGGGGUGGGAAAGGGUUGUUUUUUGUUGGGAGCGGGUGGUGGGGUUUUGUUGAUGCUUUCUGUGUUCUGACAAAGUAACAGUGAGUUGCAGUGAAAAUUGUGUGUGUUGCUGCCUUGGGAAUUGAUGGAGUUUUUCACGUGGCUUUGUUAAUAGAAAUAUAUGCACUGGGAUAUUCAAGUGUAAUGUUUUUUUAACAGUUCACAAGUUUAAGUUAUUAAAAAUAACCCAAAAUUGAAUCACUUUAAGGCCAUAUAAUUUUAGACUUAACAUUGUUUUACAAAUCUUUAAAAUACAUUUAGAAUCAAAAUUUAUGUGCUUGGUUAUCGUUUAAGUAAUGUAAGCUUUCUUAAAGUCCCAUACAUCGGACCGUGGCAGCUAAUUUUGUAACUUAAGCAUUCAUAUGAACUACCUAUGACAUAUUAAACUGAUUGACAAAAUCUGCAAGUGCCGCUUUGACUUUUUGUAGUUAUACAAGAAUAUGUAUACAAUUCUCUUAUUAAAAACACUAAAAUGGUUUUCCUUCAAAA